CUCCCCUCCCCUUGCUCUCCUCGCUCUCCCCAUUGAUGUGGGCGGCACCCAGGAGCCGGUUCCUCGCGACCUUUUCGGAGGGGAGGGRAGCGCCUUUCCGCCUCUUUGCUGCGCUCCCUCCGAGGCUCACUUCCUCCUGGCGCAUUCCUCCGCGCGCCGAUCCCAAGCACGAGAAGGUGACCAGGGAGAGGAGAAGGGUUUUCUUAGGUGUGGAACCCUUGGAGUGGUUGUGGCAGUUCCAGACUCUGAAACAGCGGUUCCCAACCUCUUUUUGACCAGGCAACAAUGAAUGUUGAACAUGAAAUCAGCCUUUUAGUGGAAGAGAUUCAACGACUGGGGACCAAAAAUCCUGAUGGGACGUUGAGUGUGAAGUUUGGAGUACUCUUUGCUGAUGAAAAGUGUGCCAACCUUUUUGAAGCUUUAGUGGGGACUCUGAAAGCUGCAAAACGGAGGAAGAUCGUUAGUUAUCCUGGAGAACUCCUUUUGCAAGGAGUUCAUGACAAUGUUGAUAUAUUGUUAUUGCAGAAUUAAUUCAUGUAGAAUCUCCUUAGCUCCAUAACAUUAUUGUUCCCCCCGGCCAGCUCAAAGACUAUACAAAGUUCUAUCAGACCAAUGCAUGUUUGCAUGAAGGUGUAUUUUCCUAUCUUUCUAACAAAAAUGAAAUGGUUUUCUUUGGGAAAUCUUUUAAGAAUUAUUUUGUGAAUUGCUCACAAUAAAAUGAUAUAACAACCUUA